UCGGAGCGGAAGUGACGUCAGCGCGUCGCCGCCAUCUUUUUCGGCGCUGGCUCCGCAUGGUCUGUGCGCUUUCGCCUUAAUAGUGGUGGGGUACGUCUCUGCCGUGGAAAAGGAUUUUUGCUGUUCUAGUGAGGUUGGCUCCGCCCCGCGUCCUCCCGCCUCAGGAACCUGGCGAUUCCGGCGUAUUCCUUAUUCAUAAGCUUCCCUGAGGCGAUCUUGGCAUGACGGAAGAGACAGCAUUGAGGCGCAUUCCACCAUCAGCUUCAGAGGAUGGCAGCCAUUGAUUUGUCUUGUGGGUUUUUUUCCAGGGAACCAAUCUGCUCUUUUGAAGAAAAGACAAAGGUAGAAAGGACGGUGGUGGACUGCCUGGCAAAUGGUUAUCAGGAUUCAGUGACCUUUGAUGAUGUUGCUGUGGAGUUCACCCCAGAGGAGUGGGCUUUACUGGACACAACUCAGAAAUACCUCUACAGAGAUGUGAUGCUGGAGAACUACAAGAACCUGGCCUCUGUGGAAUGGGAAAUACAACCUAGAUCCCAAGGGCCAUCACAUCAGCAGGGUUUUUUGAAGAAUGAAAUAUUCAAUGGGCUACAAAUGGAAAGAAGCUACAGGUUAGGGAAACUCUGUGACUGUAAGAAUUGUGGAGAGGUCUUCAGUGAAUGGUUUUUCUUUGAGACGCUCAUGAGAGCUCAGAAUGUAGGGAACACUUCUGAGUAUAAUUGUUCUGGAAACGAUGUCCUCUCUGUGUACAAGAAAGCCUCUGUUGGACAGGAACUUUCCAAACUUAAUCCAUGUGGAAAAGUCUUCACCCUAACUCCAGGCCUUGCUGUACAUCUUCAAAUUCUCAAUGCAAGAAAACCCUACAAAUGUAAGGCAUGUGGAAAAGGCUUUAAGUAUUUUGCGAGUCUUGAUAAUCACAUGGGAAUCCACACUGGAGAGAAGCUCUGUGAAUUUCAGGAAUGUGGGGGAGCCAUCACAGCUUCCUCACGACUAAAGCACUGUGUAACAGUUCAUACUGGAAAGAAAUCCAAAAAGACUAAGAAAUGUGGGAAAUCCUUCACUAAUUUUUCUCAACUUUCUGCACAUGGGAAAAAUUAUAAAGGAGAGAAGUCCUUUGAAUGUAAAGAAUGUGGAAGAUCCUUUAGAAAUUCCUCCUGCCUUUAUGAUCACAUUCAAAUUCACACUGGAAUAAAACCACACAAAUGUACUGAGUGUGGAAAAGCAUUCACUAGGUCAACUCAACUUACUGAACAUAUAAGAACUCACACUGGAAUAAAACCCUAUAAAUGUAAGGAAUGUGGGCAAGCCUUCACUCAGUACUCAGGCCUUGCUAUACACAAAGGACAUCACAGUGCUGAGAAACCCUACCAGUGUAAGGAAUGUGGGAAAGGCUUCACUACAUCUACAAGCCUUACUCAACAUACAAGAAUUCACACAGGAGAGAAGCCUUAUAUAUGUGGUGAAUGUGGAAGAACCUUCAUUACUUCUUCCCAUCGUGCUAAACAUUUGAGAACUCAUACUGGAGAAAGGCGCUAUGUAUGCAAGAUAUGUGGGAAAGCAUUUAUGUAUUCCUCGGGCUUUAAUGUUCACUUACGAACUCAUACCGGAGAGAAACCCUUUGUAUGUAAAGAAUGCGGGAAAGCAUUUGCUUCUUCCUCACUCCUAAGUAGACAUGGAACAAUUCAUAGCCGGGCACAGUUGCUCACGCCUGUAAUACCAACAGUUUGGGAGGCCGAGGCAGGUGGAUCAUGAGGUCGGGAGAUCUAGCCUAACAGGAUCACAAAGUC